AUGGGUAAUGAUGUACUCUCUAUUCGUACAGCACAACAUUGGUUCAAUCGCGUUGAGAACGGUAACUUAGAACUCGACGACUUACCUCGAUCCGGUAGACCAUUAGAAUUGGGUGUAGAUCUUUUAAAGCAGCUCAUCGAACAAGAUCCUCGACUGACCCACGGCAAGAGAUGCAAACAUGGAGUUUGGAUACCUCAUGAGUUAUCACCACAGCAGCUCCAAUGCAGGGUCGAUGCUUGUAUGGAUUUAAUGUCAUCUCAUCGUAACUAUCAAUGGCCACGCGAUCUUAUCACUGGUGAUGAGAAGCGGGUGUUGUAUGUUAACUACACGGACAGACGUCAAUGGCUAAGUCGCGGUUAA